AUGUUCAACUUCAGAAGCAUCCUGAAGAUACUACAGUUCCUGAAAUUAUUAAUUUAUUUAUUUAUUGAGAAAUUACUCUUAUUUAUAUUUCCUCCAUGCAAAAAAACUUUUGCUGGGGAAAUAGUGCUUAUUACUGGCUCCGCAAAUGGGAUUGGAAGGCAGAUUGCCUUAAAUUUUGCUCCUUUGGGAGCAACCUUGGUUCUUUGGGACAUUGAUGAUGAAGGCAACAAAGAAACAACCAGAUUAGCCCAAAAAAAUGGAGCUAAACGAGUGUUUGCCUACCACUGUGACUGCAGCAAUAGGGAGGAGGUCUAUGAACAAGCAGACAAGGUUAGAAAAGAAGUUGGGGAUGUUACUAUUCUAAUCAAUAAUGCUGGCAUACUGCUUGGGAAAAAGUUCUGUGACAUUCCAGAUGCAGAUUUUGAAAAGACCUUAAGAGUCAACUUCUUCUCUCAAGUCUGGACUUGCAAGGCCUUUCUUCCAGCCAUGAUGACCUGUAACCGUGGACACCUGGUUAGCACAGCAGAGGUUAGUACCGUCAAGUGCCAUGACAAAUUAGAUUAUGCUGCAAGUAAGUAUGCAAUCAUUGGAAUGAUGGAAGCCUUAGAUUCGGAACUGUAUCAUGCAGGAAAACAUGGCAUUAAAAUCACAAUCAUUUGCCCUUAUUUUGUUAAUACUGAAUUAGUUAAAGGUUUUCAAACUCAAAACGCCCUUUUUCUUCCUGUUUAUGAUGCAGAGUACAUAGCCAGCAAGAUCAUGGAUGCAAUUCAAAAGGAAAAGUUUUAUCUGAUCAUGCCUCUGACUUUACGCUUGCUUGCUUUCAAAAUUCUCGUUCCUAGAAAAAUGAUACUACUCUUCGAAUCUUGCCUUAAGAUCACCGACAGCUUGGAUAAAGCCUUCGGUCGGAAGGAAAAGGAUUGA